GCUCAGCUCUGCUGCCUCGUAGAUUGAAAAAUUUUAACAACUUUUUGGGAGAAUCCAAUCAACGCAAACCAACUACAACCGAAACCACAAAUCAUCUGAGAGUUUGCCAUGGCAAAGAAAAAACCGUCUAUCAUCCAUAAAAAGUCAGACAAGUUAAUGAAAUAUUUGAAAAAGACAAAGUCGGCCCGUUACAGCUGCACGGCUAUUCGUACCAAAGUGAAAAGAAGAGCACACUGGCUCCAGAAAAUAAAAUCGAGCUUGAAACACAAAGAAUAUGAAUUAAAUAAACCAAAAGAAAUCAGGAUGUUUAAUAGCAAAAAAACAAAGAUAUUAUCGUCCUUUCACAGUAAAUGCCAAUUUAACAUCAGAAAGAUUAUCUUCUUUAAAAAUCGCUAUAAUAAACAAACGGCUUCUUUUGUUUCCAAAACCAAAGGCGAUCACUCGACCAAAAGGAAAGACUCAUUCCCAGAUCAGUAUAUAACUAUCAAGAAACCAAAAAGAUCUCAUGCACACCCAGACUCCGUGAAUCCUCUUACUUCAAACAUUCUCAACAUAUCCGGUCAUCAGAUCAUUUUUUUACCUAAAUUUGAAACCUGUAAUGAUUAUUCAGAGAUACUGACAAAACUUCAAAUGCCACACUUAAACGGUUUACCAAAUUUGAAACGCAAUGAACUCAGUUCUUGCCGUUUGGAAUUCGAGCAAAACAUUGAACUGUUUAAGAAAAACUGUGAUUUGAUUCGAGGAUUUAAAAAGAAAAAGAAAGAGGACUGUUAUCAUCAAAUCAAAGAAAUGCAGAGAGAGGCAGACAAAAUUCCAAGUGUCAAUGCAAAUACAUUUUUUGAUUCCCUCAAAGGUUAUCUGCAGAUGCAUGAACGUAAACAAUAUGCAUUGGCCAUUUUUUUCAUGAAACGCAGUAAGACCGUCUUUGUUUCACCGGAAUUUGAGGUAGAUUAUGAAAAUGACACACAUACUGAGCCACUUUUAUGUCAAGAGGUUGAAAUUAUUUUGCAACAGCUUGGAACCUUUGUGGAGAGCAUUCUGGUUUAUACGCUCAAUAGUCCUUGCCUGAACUGUAUGUCUGUACUCAGUAAAGAAGCGUAUUCUUGGCACACAGAAUAUGGAAUUUCAACAACUGUAGGAUUCACACAAUUUUGGGGAUUGAGUGGUCAAGACUUUUUUCAAAAUAUUACCUGCUCAUAUACCAACAUGUUGGAUCCAAAGAACGUUUUUCAUGAGAGUACUGAAAAAUGCAAGAGCAAUCCCUUCAAAUUGAAGUCUUUCACGGUCAACAGUAAAAUCUUUCAAAAUAUCAGGAAACUUAGUAAAAAAGAAGAAAAACAGAGCUGCCGUAAGAAAAUUGAAUCUUAUGUGUCUGUGCUGAAAGCACUGGCAAAAAUUUCCUUUUGUUCACGUGAAACACAUUUACAAUGUGGUGAAAACACAAUUUAUUCUUUCGUAUUUCCCCCAAUCAUCCAAGAUGCAUGUAGACACAGUCUUUUAAGGGACUGGUUAGUACUGGUGAACGACUGUGCCAAAUCAAAUGUUAUAAAACAAAUAACCAAGGAUUUUAAUGUUGCGGUAGUUGAAGUUAUUUACCAAAGUCUGAAGUCCUCUUGUGGGAACAAUAGUCCUUUAAAGCUUUGCCACAUUCCUCUGAAUCAUUUAGAUUGGGAGGUAUAUUGAGCAUGAAUAUUUAAAAAAAAAAAGAAAAAAAAAGAAUUUUAUUGCAUAAUAUAAUUGGUUAGAAUAGAUUAUAAAUUAAAAUUAAUUCAUUCAAAGUGAAUGAAAAAGUAAAUACUUAAAAAAAAAUUUUUUAAAUUAUAUAUCAUAAGAUAUAUAAUUUAAUAGAUAUUUAUAUACGUCCAGAGUAACAGCCGUAGACUGCAGUUUGCCGCCUGUCAGGUAGUCAGUAAUCCAGGGGAGCUGAACUCUGAGAGCAAACAGCCUGGUGACUGUAGCGUGCGAGGGGCUCACGUGGAUCUGUGGCUGAAUCUGGAGCUGAGACUGGAGGCGUUCAACGAGGACUCCUACGAGGCAGCAGAGCUGAUGCGCUGAUCAUUAAUGGCUGCUCACACCAAAGUGAGUGGCAGGAUUCUCCAGUCCAGUGAGCACAGCUCCAUCAGCUGGUGGAGUUCAGUCAACACACCUGCUCUCAACAACCAGCAGUGUGCUCAAACAUCGGUUUCUCCUCCAUCCUGCACGAUGUUUUACACUCCAGAAGCAGUAAAUCAGGAUUACAUCACCUCUCUGUAGAAGGAAACUUUCCAAGUGUCCUUAAUUUGGAUUCUUGUGUCCUUCUCAGUUCCUUCCUGGUGUGUGUGCUGGACUGGAUCCUCUGGCUCUGUGCCAUCCUUUACUUAAUAAAAAUCAUUGAAACUUG